AUUCUUCUCAAAUAUUUAAAUUGUGUUCAUUUUUAGUGAAUAAGAACGAAAUGUUGAUAAAAAACUAUUGAAAAAAGUUCAAAUUAAUUAAAAAGACUGAAAAGUGAAAAAAAAAAUGUUUAAAAUUGUGAUAAGAAAAAAUUCGAAUAAAUUGAUGGACUCUGGACGACAUAUGAAUCAGGUUGAUAGACUUAAAGCUUCAAAUGAUGACAGUUUUGAGCUAUCAGAAGUUAAAGUAGACAACAACAUUCGAUCAAAUUCAAGUUCAUCACUUAGAGUUCCUCAAAACAUCGAACAAAUGUCAUAUCUAGCCGAUCAGCACAUCAACCUCCUCAUGUCUAAAUCAUUUUGUGGUCACGAUGUCCACGAAGAUGAAUCAACAAGAGAGCAUGUGCUGAAUGCUUACAAAUUCCUUAAUUCAACUCCAUUCCUUAAUGUCAUUCUCAUGGUCGUCGCUUCAUCAACAAAAGUUCGGAGUGUCUUUGACUUUAAUCGUGAUUCUGUGUACAUGGCUGAUCCAACAGUUCCUUCAAAUACUAAAGGAAUGUUUUAUCUUUCUGGUCGAGUUUAUAUUGGUGCUCAGCAGCUGCUGGAUGAGGCGACAAAAAAUGAAGUUUAUGCAACUUUGGCUCAUGAGUUUUGUCACUACGCGACUGACUUGACUUAUGGGAACUUUGCAAAGCCAUACGCAAAAAAUGAUAGCAAAACCAGACAGCAAUUUGAGGAAAUAUCUCAAAAAUGUCAGCAACAGCAAGGAUUUGAAGAAUAUAUCGACAUCGUCUUUCAACAUUAUCCACCUGCUGUGCAGCAUGCAGAACUGAUUGUUCGAGUUCCUCAUUUAAUCGCUUUGUACAGCAACGAUCCUGAAAGAUUGAAGGAAGUAAGAGAAAAAUUCAUUGAAUUAUUCGAGUUUUAUGAGACAAAAGUAUAUCCUGAGAUGCAAGAGGCACUGCCAAAAAUAAAUCAACAAGAUCAGCUCAAAGAAAAGGAGCAAAAAAUUCUAAAAUUAAGAAAAAUUGCUUGUAUUUCAUUUAUUUGUACAUUAGUUGCCAUUAUUUUAGUCAUAGCUUUAACAUGUUUACUUAGUCAACCUAAAAAUUACACAUUCUCUAACAUUACAACAUACGACAAGCUUAAAAUCCAUAAUUCAUCAAUAAUCUAUAAGGACAUUGAGGUUAGGUUUCAUGAUUUAUUCCCAGACAAUUCUACAGCUUAUUAUAAGCUUACUUCCGAUCACAUCUCACAAAUCCUCGAUGGACAAGCCUUAGAUUUUAGUGAUUCUCACUUCCAGUAUCUAAACAACUUAGUCAAUCAUGAUUGGAAGAAUUUGGCGGGAAAAUUAAAACAAAAAUUUUUAACCUCAAAUUUUACAUUUCAAAAUGAAAGUUUAAAGUUUGAAAAGUUGGCAGAAAUAAGUUUGGAAGUCUUUAAUUCACUAAGUUCUGAGCAGAUUGUGGAUGUGUUGGAUGGGAAGGAACUAGUCAUUGGGAGCAUGGUUGAGGGUAAGAUUGAUUAUUAUAUUGAAAGGAGGUUUGUUGUUGAGGAUGAAGAUAAGAAAGAGAUUGAUUUUGAGGUUAGGGAUUGGAUGGAAGCUAAGGAUGUGAAGGAACUUAGCGAUAGCGACAAUAAUGAAGCUAAGGAAGUAAAGAGAAUUGGCGGGGAAUAUAAAACUGAAGGGGAAGAUAAGAUUGAAGGUAGAAGUGGACAUGGAAGUGAUAUUGAAGCUGAAGAUAAGCAACAAAGUAGGAAUAAGCAAAGCCAAAGGGUUAUAGAAGAUAAGAUUGAGAAUAUUCAUAAUUUAGGAGAGUUUAGAGAGGUUAGAAAAGUUCUAGAAACCCAAGAGAGAUCAGAAGACAUUAGAAUCACCACUUUAGAGUCCCAAGAUCACAAACCAGAACAUAAUCUAGUCCAAAAUUCAAAAAACACACAAGAAAUCAUCCAAGAAGCUUUAGAAAGUAGAAUAUUCAUUCUUAAUUCAGAGAUUCGAGCUGGAAAGACUGUAAUUUUCCAACAAUUAACAAUGGUGAUUAAGAGCAGCUUUCCAACUCGAUGGGUUUCUUUUGUCGAUCUUAGCGAUAUUAAUGUUAAUUCUAGUUUACAAAAAUUUAGCGAAACUUUAGAAAAUGAAGUGAAAAUUGAAGAUUUAAUUGAAUUCUUUAGCAAUAUAUUAAGAUUAGAUGCUAAUAAUAAGUUUGAGGAAGCUGUGUUUGAAAAGCUGUUUAAGUUAGGGAAUGUCGUCAUCCUUUGGGAUAACUACGACUUACUUCCUCUUAAAAAUAGAGAAUUAAUCACAAAAAUAUUCAAAUUAACUUUCAAUCUCACCAAUAAUGUUCAAUUCAUCUCAAGCAUGCCAUUUUUUAGCUACCAAUUUAGAGAAUCAUUAAAUGCCAAAACCUACCAAUCAGUUCCAUUCACAGAAUCUGAACAAAAAGAAUAUUUCAAAAGUUUAUUUAAAUUACAAAAUUUAACAAUCGAAAAAGUUGAAAAUUACACUCAAAUUGCAUUUAACAUUUCAAAGACUUUACAGCUUGACAGUCCACUAAUGCAGAAAUUUAUAGCUCAAAACUACAAACCAGAAUCCGUUAAUUUUUAUGAAAUCUGCAAGACAUUUGUGGAAAAAACAAUUGAAAAUUACCAAACAAGUAAAAGUGGACAAGAAUUUUUUAGAUUUUUAAUUUUAAAGCAAAUCAAGUUUGACAUGAUGGAAAUGUACCAAAAUGUUGCAUUUCUGAAAGCACUCAACCUUAAUUUAGGAUCAAAUAACACAAAAUCUGAAUCUAAACAUUAUAAUGAAUUAGAAAUUUUAAAACUUAAAAUUCCGAAAGAACUCGAAAUUGAGGAAAUUGCAAGAAUGGGAAUUUUAAGCUUUAAAAGUGAAUUUGACUAUAAAUUCCUGCAUAAAACAAUUGCUGACUUCUUUUUUGCCAAAUAUUUUAUUGAUAAUUUAUGUAUUUUAAGCAAUGAUGUAAAUGAGGCUGAGAUUAAGUUAAGAAUAGAGAUUUUUAAGUAUUUAUUGAAAAGCUAUGACAGAAGUGAAAUGGUUGUGACUUUAAUUAAAGAACACCUGAAAGAUAAAAUCAGAUGCAGUCAAGAUUUUAAUGAAAUCUUAAAUCUAAGCAUUUAUUAA